AUGUUCUCCUACGGCAAUGGAGAAUUCAAGCACCACAGUGAUGAUGCUCCUACCACAUAUACCUUCUCUGUAUCCAGGGAUUGGACACAAGGAAGACUCGAAAUCACAAUAUGGAGCCCAUUCCUACGGCAUAUGCUGACCUUUACGAACCCGUACGUCCUGGGUCUUGUGGAAAUCGUGCAGCAGUACCCUGUUCUCAAAGCAAAUUUAUCUGAACUGGAAGAUCCAAACUCGCCAUGCCUGUUUGCUGAGAACGCUUCCGAGUUGAGGCUUCUGACGGAGGACUUCCUUCUUGACCGAUCCAUGUUCAACAUUGUCAACCUCCAAUAUCUCUAUGAUCAAGGCAUCGUUCCUGAAACCUACUGGCGAGAUAUGCGACACCGGUCAACCAUGAACGAUCUGAUGCUGGUAGAUGAGGCUUUCAAAGCACAUUGUCAUGAUCACACCGAAGGAAUUGAGGAAAGCAAUUGGCAUUCACUGUUUCAAAUCGCGUCAGACUCUCCCUGUCAGGUUGACGAAGUUGGUGGCUAUGCCACUCACGCACAGUUAGAGAACGAAAUUGAGUGCUCCAGCAAACUCCCUUCGAAGAAACAUCACAUUCUUAAGGCCAUUGAAUUAGCGACAAGCGAACUGAGACUUUGGGCCGAUGGCUGGGAAGUCCCGGUCGACGUUGAAGACUGCUUGAUAUGGACACUGAACUACUCGUGUCAAAUUAGCCAGGCAGAGCUAGAUUUUCUGGAACGCGUCACGGCCGACUGCCAAAUUUCAUCCCGGAUCAAGUCCCUACUUUACCACUCAGGUUUGCAGGAUACUUUCGGCUUACAAUUCAGCAAUAUCAUUUUUGAUGAUUUGGGGGAGGGCAAACUUACAUCGAUGAGCCUGUCACUAAAUGCUGGAUUCCGCGUCAUACGCCGUCCCUCAACAGACGAGAAGCAACGCCUCAUAACAAGCAGGCUUCAUGCAGCGUUCAAGGCAGAAGACCAAAAUUUUCGUGACAAGGUCAGGAAAGUUAUACUAGAUCAGCAGGCAGCUAGCUACCAGAAAGCUGCUGGUAUGAAUGCGAAUCCCUAUGGCUUUAUCUCCCGGCGGUAUUACAGGGCUUGGGACAAAGGUGUAGCAACAAUCCGCCGAUUCUUGAAAGGCAAGCGCCCAGAUACCCUUGAGCAAAUCUAUCGUCUCCUCCAGGUGGCGUAUGUCAUGGGUUCACAAGAUCCGAGCAAUCCAGAUUUUCGAGCGAGCUUUGUUAAUGACCUAGAUCGGUGGAGGAUCAUAGUCCCGGAACACAGCCUCCCUAGGUUCGAUGUUAUUGCUGAAGCGGUCUGGAAAAAGUCGUUUGAGGAAGUCGAAUCCAAUGCACCACAAGAGUAUGGCUCUAACGAUACCUUGAUCCAACUUCAGCAGCUACUUUCCCAAUUAAUCUCUCGUUUCCCGCUGGUCGAUACCCCCGAAAAGAAUGAUCAACAACAAGAGUGUCCCACGCCGGAAUACGACCAAAGCUUCAAAGGCGCUACAGACACCAACCAAACACUAGAGCUGAGAAUCCUAGACGGAUUGGAAAACCCGCGAGCAUAUGCGGAUGUCAAAAAAUUGCCAAUCUGUUCGAGACCUCCUGAGCCUGUCAUCGUGCUGAUGAUGGCUGGAGCUAUCUUUGGCUUCAUUUUUUCAUUUCUAUUGAAUCACUUACACAAAAUCAAAAAUUCAGUUCUUGACUCAUUCAAUUUACCAAAUCUACGCGCCGAGUUGGUCACUGGACGGAAUCUCUACUUUGCGAAUUUCGAAGAGCGAAACCUCUUUACCCUUUCCUUGUACGUCAAGCUUUCGUCUUCUUCGUUUUGGCAGAGAGAACAAAAGACCCAGAACAACGGCGGAUUGGCCUCCCAAAGCUUCGUGCAAUCAAACCAGGAAACCCUGGGCUCGAACUUGACCAUCUCUGAGGCAUCAAGAGUGGUUCAAAGGUAA